UAAUAAAUCUUUUUACUAAAUUAUUUAUGCAUCUUCUCCACAUUUAUCAACCAUUUCAAAUUCGUGUCCCUCCGUCGCCCGAGGCCAUUCCAAAAGAGUAUUCAUAAAUUUUGAUAUUCUAUGCUACUAAUACACACAAUUACAGUAUUUUUUUUUUUCCCUCUGUUUUUACAUUCAGAAUUCCAGUCGAACAAACCCUUGCUCAACUAACCGUUACCCAGCCUGUCAAACUGAAUAUUUAUACUACAAAUUAUAAAUCCCGCCUAAGUCCACCAUUUCCCCCACGCUGACAUUCACCUACAACAAUCACGCACUUUCCCUCUCUCGUUUUACCUUUUCACUGAAAUCUGAUAAUUGAGACCUCCCGUUUGUCGUGGGGAUUCUUGUUGCGAUGGAGAAUAGAGGGGAAAAUGGGCAGUUAUUAGUUAGGGCUUCUACUUUGCCAACUUUGCCUUCAAACACAUAUAAUUACCAGACGAGGAAGAGGAAGAAACCAUUGAACAAAACUAAGUCUACCCCUCCACGGCUGGGUCGUCAAGGAUCGUUUAGCCGUGAAAUUGGACAUGCUGCUGCUGAGACCUAUUUGAUUACUCGCCUUGCUUUUAAGCUUCUUAGCUAUCUCGGGUUAGGUUAUCGAUGGAUUACAAGAUUUUUGGGUCUUGCCUUAUAUGCAAUGCUCCUUAUGCCUGGUUUUCUCCAAGUUGCAUUUUAUUAUUUCUUUUCACCACUGGUCCGGCGAAGUGUUGUCUAUGGUGAUCAGCCGAGGAAUAGGUUGGACUUAUAUCUACCAGCAAAGAUAGACAGCCCAAAGCCAGUUGUGGCAUUUGUAACAGGUGGAGCAUGGAUUAUUGGGUACAAGGCCUGGGGUUCUCUGUUAGGAAAGCAAUUAUCAGAACAUGACAUUAUAGUGGCAUGCUUUGAUUACAGGAACUUUCCGCAGGGAACAAUAGGCGAUAUGGAGGAAGAUGUUUCUCAGGGAAUCUCGUUUGUCUGCAACAACAUCGCUGAUUAUGGUGGUGAUCCAAAUAGGAUUUAUCUCAUGGGUCAAUCUGCUGGUGCACAUAUCUCUUCCUGUGCUCUUGUGAAGCAGGCAAUCAAAGAAUCUAGAGGAGAAACUGUUUGUUGGAGCACCUCCCAGAUAAAAGCUUAUUUUGGAUUAUCAGGCGGGUAUAAUUUGCCCAACUUAGUUGAUCAUUUCAAUAAUAGAGGGUUAUAUCGUUCAAUUUUUUUGAGUAUAAUGGAAGGGGAAGAAUCAUUGCAAAAAUUCUCUCCUGAAAUUAUGGUACAGGAUCAGAGCUCCAAAGCUGCUGUCCAUUUGCUUCCUCAUAUUAUCCUAUUUCAUGGUACUUCAGAUUGCUCCAUUCCAUCGGAUUCAAGCAAAGCAUUUGUAGAUACACUUCACGGAGUGGGAGCUCAAGCUGAACUGAUUUUGUAUGAAGGAAAAACUCACACAGAUUUAUUCCUUCAAGAUCCUCUAAGAGGUGGUAAAGAUGAUCUUUUUGGCUAUAUAGUAGCAUAUAUACAUGCUAACGAUAAAGAAGCUCUUGAUAAGGAUGCUAUGGUACCUCCAAGAAGGCGGCUUGUUCCGGAAAUCUUGUUAAAGUUAGCUUGCAGGACAAGCCCUUUCUAAGACUGUUGCGAUGGUCACCAGGAAGCUUGUAAGUCUGCAGCAUAUUCUUUUAUCCUUCGAAUUCAUUCUAGGUCCUACAUGAUGGUGAAAAGAAACUGUUGCUAAGAUGGUAGGAUAUUCUACAGAUGGAUGACUUUUGCACCAUCAGAUCUUUUACUUCAGAGUUUUUGAUGAAAAGAGUUUACAGGCUUAAGGAGUGAUCCCACAGAAGCAGUCUUCAAACAUCGUACCCUGGACGUUGUUGAUAUCCAUGCCUCUUGUGUUCGUAAUGUCUUAAUGUGACACUGUAUAUAUUCAAAUUGCAUGACGUUGUAUAAAUAAUCUAUCAAGCCAUCUCAGUUUUAAACUAUUUGUGGUCAG